GUAUCACAUUAUCAGUCAUGCUGCAUGGCACCAGUACUGGACAAGGAUGCCUCAGAAAAGUCUCCCUUAGCUGACGUUUGGGCAGGAAAAAAGGUUCCAUCACUAGUAUGGGAUGAACAUCACGUUGUAAGGAUCCACAUUAUGGGAUCCCUUUCUCAAAUUAUUUUACCCAUUUGAAUCAUAGAUGUAAAUGGCAGCUUUAAACCCAGGUCCACAUGGCUGUUGAACAUACAGAGACCAGGCUCACAGGGUGCCAUGUGAGUGCAGGAGGGAUCCCACCCUGGCCACGGAACCUUCUCACUCUGGGCCCACCCCCUCGGCCCCCAGCUGCCUGGAUACCGCCUGCCUAGCAACGAGGGACACGAGCACUGGGAUGGAGGCCGCGGCCCCGCAGGAGGAGUCUGGGCAGAGCAAAGUAGGACUGGAGAUGAAGACAGAGACUAAAGGACUGUUCCCUACUGCUGUGUCCAAACAGAAUCUCCGGGAGAGAUCCCUGCGACAGAUCUUUGGGUCCAGCCAGACUUUGCGAGACCUCAGGGACCCCAGCGGAGUGAAGUCCCCAGCAGUGAUUGUGCAGAACAGGAUACAGGAGCACUGUCAGAGAGGGAAGGAGUUCUUCUCCCAAGGCGAGUGGGAGAAAGCUGUCAUUUGUUAUUCCAAAGCCAUUAACCUGAACCCCCAACAGGUGGAGUUCUAUGUACAGAAGGCAGAAGCCUUUCUCCAGCUCUGUGAUUUCCAGUCUGCUGUGCUGAACCUCAGAAAGGCGUAUUCCUUAUCCUCUGCAAAGGAAGAAUAUGUAGAGCGCAUGGCCUUCAUUAUUUACCUGCAGGGCCAAUGUCUGUUUGACCAAGAGGUCUAUUGGGACGCUUUGGAGUCCUUCACUCGAGCCUCAGAGCUGCAGCCUGACAACUCACUCUAUCGCAGGAGGAGCAUUGCCUGUCUCGCAGCCCUGAACAGAUACCAUGACUGUUUUCGGCUCGUCAAUGAAGAGCUAGAUCAAGACUCAAAGAACCCAGAUCUGUACAUCCUGAGAGCCAAGCUGCAUGAGCACUUCAAUCGGGCUACCCUGUGUUACCAGGAUGUCCAGGAGGCCAUUGCGCUAGAGCCGCGGCACGAAGAAGCUCAGCUUCUAAUGCAGAGGCUGCUGAAACGAGCACAGAAAGCCAAGAACCAGGCUAUGAAUAAGGCCCUGAAGGGAAACCUGAAGGAUGCCCUGCUCAAAAUCACCUUUGCCAUCGAGAACAGCCCCUUUGAUGCAGGGUACUUAAUCUUCAGAGGGACUCUGCACAGAAGGGUCAAAGACUUCAACUCAGCCAUUGAUGAUUACAUCAAGGCCACAGAGCUCUGUGAAGAAGAGGGAGCUGUGGCCAUGGAGGCACAACGGCAGCUCCUGCUCACGUACAACGACUUUGCAGUGCACUGCUAUACUCAGGGCUUCUUCGAAGAGGCUGUGCUGCUCCUCAACAAAGCCCUGAAAGGGGAGAAGAAUGAGAAGGGACUCUAUGUCAACAGAGGAGACUGCCUCCUCAGGCUGGGAGAGCUAACCUUUGCCUUGGCCGAUUAUCAGCAGGCCCUGGAAUUGAGUCCAAUGGACUUUAGUUUGCGAAGACGCGUUGGUAUGUUGCUGGAUGAACUAGGAUUGCAGGAGCACAAGCAGAGAAAGUACCAGCGGGCAGUAUACUGUUUCUCUGGUGCUAUUGAGAGCAACCCUCGCCUGCCACACUAUUACCUGCACCGGGCCAAGAGCCGCCUGUUCCUGCAGGAUGAGAUGAGUGCUAAGGAGGAUGUGAUCAUAGCUCUGUUGCUGGACCCUGAAAAUGAUGCGGUCCUACCUGUUGUAACCAGCCUCUUUCCAGGACAGCCCAUCCAGGAUAUUAUGAGCAGCAAGAUUGCGGAGGUUGCCAAAACAAUCUUGGAAAGAAAGCUUCAAGCCUGCCCGUACUCCAACAGCCCAGCUAAACUCAAAUGGCCACCUGGAGCUCUGGAGGAUGAACCAAAGGAACCAGGUGCUCAGAGUGAAGAUCCUGAGAGAGCCCUGCAGGACUCAGAGAGCGUCAUCAGCCCUUGUGCCACGGAUCAUGAACUGUACAAGCAGAUAGCUAUCUCCAGAAGGACAGUGAGUAAAGUAAGUGAACCUGUCUUGGAGGAGAAAAGGUGAGAAGGCAGGAAAAGUCAAUACAAAAACUGCUCCAGCUUCAUGUUGGAGACAGCACCUGAGCUGCCUGGGUUACAGACACUAAGCUGUGUUUCAGUGGAAAGUAGGUGCAUUUGGACUCCUUUCCUGCUACCUCAGCUCUAAUAAAUAUAUUGCUUCUCUCGCUUCACUUCCUCUGUAGCCCCCUCCUGUUUUUCCAUCUUUAUUUUUUUGGUAUCUGCACAGACAUCCUUUCCUCCUGCAAGGUGUAGACCCAGCCAUUGUCCAGGUAGCCUAGGAGUGGUCUUCCCAAAGCUGGAAAUCCAGCUCUGCCAAGAAUUUUAGCCAGGUUUCCAGGAAGUCACUGUAUUUACAGGCUUUGCUGUACUGCAAGCUAGUGCCACAGAAGAGUGCUGAAUUACUAAGAAACUUGUAACACUGCUGCUGCUUUAGAGGUGAACAUCUAAGGAGCUGUUUGUACAUAGUGAUAAGAUUUGGACAGGAAAGCAGACAAGCUGUGAAUGAUCCCCACAUACUGCAUUAAUCUGAAUGCAGGUUGAGCAGGAGGAAUGCUUUGAUUAGGAUAAACUCUUAAACCAGAACUUUUAAUCUAAUGCAACUCACGCUGGGUGGCUGACCUACAUAUACCAUGUAUUGAAAGUUUUGUGAAGUUAUGCCUGUCCCUUGCACCCCAAACUCUCACCUCAAUUGCUCUGACUUGGGUGGAGAGGAGAGUGCUAAACCUGGUUUCCAAAAGAACAAGGUUUCAGUUUCAAUUUGUGUUAAAACGGAUGAGGAAGUUGACCAUAAGAACAGGAGGAAAAAAUGACUGUGGCAACUGGGUUCUCCC